AUGUUCGCCUUCGCUCCCGACCCCCGCGGGCGCAACAGCAUCACCCUCCACAACGAAGACGGCUCCAGCAUUACCGUCUAUGAGCAAGGCGCGCACCUCAGCAGCUGGAAGACGAAGGAUGAAAAGGAGCACCUCUACCUCAGCCCCGCUGCGAUCUACGCUGACGGCACGGCUCUGCGUGGCGGCGUGCCGCUCAUCUUUCCGCAGUUCAAUGCCUACGGCCCAAUGAAGCCGCCGCACGGUUUCGCGCGCAUUCGUCCGUGGAACAUCGAAGAUGUCCAGAAUGGCAAGGCGACCUUCUCUCUCAGCACGUCGCUGUGCGAGCUGCUUCCGGAAGGUUGCUCCCUUGCUGGUGCCGCGACAAACGCCGUUAACCUGCUCUACACGAUUUGCUUCAGCAACACGGAGUUAAAGCUGCGCAUGAAAGUUACGAACACGAGCGAGGAGCACUCAGCGCCGUUUCAGUUUGCCUUCCAUACAUACUUUGCGGUAUCCGACAUUUCGCAGACGGUGAUCAACGGUGUCAACCGCUCGCCUUUCAUCGAUAACGGCAAGGCAUGCGGUAACCCGCACACCGAGCCGAGUCCACCGGAGCCGCUGUGGACCAUUCAAGGCGAGCACGACCGUAUUUACCCCGGCCAAUCGUGCGCCAUCGUGCUCCAGGACCUCGGUGCAAAGGCCGCGCUACAAAUCUCGAGCCCUAACCUGUGUGACGUGUGCCUCUGGAAUCCCGGCGCAGUCAAGUGCGCCGCGAUGAAGGAUAUGCCGGCGGAUGGCUACAAGCGCUUCGUAUGCGUGGAGCACGGCAGCAUGCUUAAGAAGAUAGUGGUAACGCCGUGCUCGAGCUGGACUGGAUCGCAGGAGAUCACGAUCACGACUCAAAGCCCUCAAGAAUCAAACAUAUAG